CGGAGUGGACGUCUCUAUUUCUCAGUGUAAUUCCCAACCGAUUCUCUGCCGCGUCGCGAAUAAAACGGUAGUUUUAAAUUAAAAUUUUAACAAAUUUACACUUAAUUUAGAAAACUAAGUCAGAUUAUUGAAUACACAAAAUUUGAUGAUGUAUAUUGACUAUUCGCACACGACCGUCAUUGCGAAUGCCAUCAAUUAUUUAAGGCAUUUAUUUUGAUUCAGUUUCCUUGUGCUUUUGUUUGCUGGUUGUCCCACAAAAACAGAAAUUGUUUGCCCUCCAGGAGCAACAAAAACAACUGUGAGCGGAGAGUGCAGAGAGCCGAUGGACACCGAAAAAUCCGAAUAGGAAACAUACCGAAGUCCAAAAGCACCGAGCACCAAACACACGGAAAUUCAGUCGCGUAAGGGCAUCGCAUCAGUCCACACCGCAUCGGAUCUUCGAGAUACAUUCGCAUCUGUAAGAUACAACCGCAUUUUUGGGAUACUCUCGCGAGUGAAAAUUUUUUCGGCAAUAAGUCAAUUAAAAACCCGAAUCUCAAACCAUCAAUAAAUCAGAUAAUCAAAUACCGGAAAAUAGGCAAGCAGGAAAGAGGAACUCUAAAUCAAGCUCAAAGCUCUUCUCACCUUUUCCUGGUUACAGCUAACCAACUGCGACGUGCUCUUAGAUGAAAGGAACGUGCGAUGCAAUUGAAUCCAAGCAGACAAACUGAAACGCACUACUGGAUUACCCUCUUUUGGUGUGCCUUAGGUGGUUUGAUAUUGGGUGGAAUUGUUGUAAUUUCAUACUGGAUAAGACGAUGCAGGACACUUGCAGCGAGGUCAACGUCCCGGCAGCGUCGCAUCCGGAGCCGGAGCUCAUCAUCAGCUGCCACCGGGAUCAGCGGGAUCAGUGCCAUCGGAAUAAUCUCCAGAGGGAAAGCAAAGUUAUCACCCGAUCACAAUCAUCGGCGUCGACCGCGCGGCAUGCUCCAGUGCAUCAACUGAAGCAGCAGCAAUCUCUGCCCACACCUCUAACACAGCAGCCCAGCCACAAUUCGCACCACAAUCCCCAGACCCCCAAGUCCGUCUCCAUUCUCGUCUACAAGACCUUGAACACGGUCUUCAAGAGCAGUCGCAAGAUCAUCGUUCGUGUGUGUGAGGUGGCCAGCGCCAAGAAGUCCUUCACCAUGUUCAAGUUCAACAAGGCCGCUCAGCAGCAGCGGAUCGACAAUCGGAACAGUGCCGUCACAGGACACGAUCCCUUCGUCCGACCACCAGUGCCCGAAAAGAAAGUGAGGAACAUUAUGAAGAAGCUGCACAAGGCGAACGGCCUGAAACGCUCCAACUCGGCGAUCGAGUUCGAUGUCUCGGCCCUGACAGCUGCCAAUCGCCGACAGAUCUAUAGUAGGCCCAACAUCAAGUAUCAGUACUCCGCCUUGGACAGUGGCAAUGGGAUCGUGGAGCGAAGUCCCCGGGAGCGAGCUCAGAGGGAAAAGGCACUGAAUGCCACUCAGGAAUGGAUUCAAGGUGCCAAUGGGCGCUACGAAGUGAUUGCCCACCUGGAUGAGAUCGGUUCGAGGCAUGGCAAGAACUGGUUUCUUGUCACAGAUGCCUCGGUACGCACGGAUCGUCUACAGACUCUGCUACCUCUGCCCCCCGAUUGUGUGGCCUUCGAGGAUCUCCCGCCCAACGAAUGCGCCAGGGAAAUACUCAUGGAGCUCCUGGGCUCGCUGCAUCAUCCGUACAUAUAUCCCGUUCUGGACUUGGGCUUUUUGCGCAACAGCUCGUAUAACUACGCCUGCCUGGUGACGCCCUUUAACUCGCGGGGCAGUCUUAAAGAUCUCAUCUAUAAGGCGCAGUGGAAUGAGCCGUGGGCCAGGAAGUACACGCGUAAGCCAAAUGGCUUACCGGUGAGCCAGGUGCAGCGCCUGGGACGACAGAUUCUGGAGGCACUGCUCUUCCUGAAGGAGCGCGGUUUUCCGCUUCACGGUCACCUGCACAGCGGCAAUGUCAUCCUGCAGAACGGGGCAGCCAGGUUAUCGGGCCUGGAGAACGGCCUCCUGGGCCUCAGUUCGCGCAUUAACGCCGUCAUGUGGUCCCGCUCGGUCACCGAGAUCGAGAACGUGGACAUCGUCUGCUUUGGCCACCUGCUCUACGAGAUGUGCACGGGCCAGGAGCUGACAACCCCCAAGCCGUCCAUGCGGGUGCUCGAGAUGGAGCUGCAGCACUAUCCACAAAUUGGCCAGAUUCUGGAGAUAUUAGGUCUAAUCUUUGAGCCGCCUAGCGGUGUCUGCCCCUCCGUUGAGGACUUAGUCCUUUGCGAUCUGUUUCGCAGCAUCGAUUUGCGCGAGCUUCGCGGUCCCUGUUUCAGUACAAUUAAGCCGAGCCUCAGCAGGUCCACCUUGAACCUGCUGCAAGCGGUAAAGAAGCGCCAAUGUGCCUCCCUGGGCCAUUCCCUCAGUGAGGCCAACUCGCCCUGUACGCCCCCUUCGACGCCGCACGAUCGACGAACAGGUAUCAGCCGAACAAUGGACUCAUUUGACAUAUCAAGCGAUUCGGAGGAAGGUCUCCUGGAAGAGAUUGUCGUCGGUGGAAGCUGCCAUCGCCAGCACUUGCUUCGCCUGCAGCAGUGGCACUCCGCCCACUCAUAUGUCCACUCGUAUGCCUCGGAGUCGCCGAUUCAUUAUUGUGACCCUGCGGCCGUCUAUUCGGAUGAUAAUAGCCAGGAGCCGGGUCAGGAUCCCCAGCCGCCGACCAUUCGAUGUAGCACCAGUAGUCAGAGCAAUCUGGAUGUCCUUCUGGCUGAGGGAGCCGCGGACGAGGUAUACGAGGAGCAGGAGGAGGAGGGUUUUGAGCAGGAAGAGGAGGCAAGUGGCUCCUCGGGAACGCAGAGGCUUCAGGCUCCAGCCUGCACUUCGUCGGCUGCUGGGGCCUCCUUCAACCAUCAACUCACUGCCGAUAUGUGCAACUACAAGAACUCGAAGAGCAGGAGGUUGGAGUACUCCCUCAAGUGUCUCAAGUAUGGCCGCAGUAAUCCCUCCCAGGACUCAGCCUUUGGCUCUCUGACUGACAACGACCUGUCCAUUGGAUCGUCCAGCAUUAGGUUGAGCAGCUUUCAGUCCAUUUCAUCGCCCAUUGACGAGGGCGUCGAGGAUGUCAUCAUAGCCACCACCACAGGUGGUAAUGAAACCUGCCUGGAACUAGCCACCAUUCCUAGGAGUAUGGUCUCCCAGGACUCGGCGAUUUCAUCGCCCUGUCGCGAGAGUUCCCCAAACAACUUCCUGCACAUUGACGAUGCGAUGUCGGGAACGGGUUCAACUUCCUCUGGCUCUAAUUGUGGCUCCUUCGGAAAUAUACGUCCCCAACAGUUUCCCGUUUCGCUUUCACCAAAGAUUUUGGUAACGGCCACCAGCAAUUCGAGCAACUCGUCCUUAGCAUCCAGCAGCAAUGCGGGUCAGGGUCAGGCCCAGCUUCAUGGACAAGGGCAUCCCCAGCAGCAAUUUGAUCCGCCCAAGAUUCUAGUCAACGAUCAGAACUCCAUCUACACCACAUCGCCCUCGAAGCGAUCGGGGAUGAUAGAGGUGUUCUCACAAAAAUAUCGGUGUCCCUUCCAGGUGAGCUCCUUCGAGGACAUGUCCCCGAAGCGAACCUCAGACAAACAGCACCUGAAGCAUGUGAAUCGGCUGGCCUUUCGCUCCUUGGAGGAGGAGCGUCGGAUCGAUAAUGCCUUUCUGCCGAUGGCAGAUCGCACCCACUCGGACAAUCGCGUGAAUAUGCAGAGCGAGAAGUACAAAAAGCUCACGCACGCCUCGUUCCGCAUUAGCAAAGGUCAAGGCCAGGACUCGCCCACGGCCACACCCACCAGCCAAACGUCCCCCGGUCAGCCUGGCAAUUGCAUUGAAAUGCAACGAACCGGAAGGCAGACCCUCUGGCGAGACAGCAAGUUCUACCGGAAGAACAGAAUCGCCAAAAGCAACGACUCCCUAAUGGAAAACAAUCCCUCGCCCAGGAUAUCGCCAUGCUCCUUGCGGGAUAAUCAGUACGAGAGCAGAAGCAGCUCACAGGCCAGCAGGAGAUCGCUCAGUGGUAGUCAGCAAAUGCUGAGUGUCACCACCAGUUUCUGCGGCAACGGCAGUGCCUCCAGAAAUUCGGCCAGAUACUGCAGCUCGAAGAGCGAGGACUUGGGCGAGUCCUCCGACUAUCUGAGAGUUAUGGAUGCACGAAAAUCGUACUCCGAGCGGCACCUGGUGCGACUCAAGCAGACGGCCAUAAACAACACACACAGCGAGGACGAUAUGAGCUUCAACGAUGACAAUAAUCAAACGGUAUCAUCGCAGGGUCAGGGGUUACGGCAAUGCGGCAUCCAGUACAAUCAGAAGGAGCACCACCAGAAGCACUAUCAGGGUGGCAGGUGGAGCAGCAGCUGCUCCAUUGGCGGCCACCUGAAGACGACCAAUAUUAAGACCACCUCGCUGUCAGCUCAGUCCAGCCAAUCGAAUUUAGUGGCCACCUCGGCAACUGCCAGCUAUCGCACACCAUCCAAGUCCCUCGACCAGAGCAUCGCCACCAUCGCCAUCCCGAGCAUCCAUGCCACCAACCAGAACAACACCGCCCAGAAUAGCACCACCAAGGGCAGCAGCACCACCAGCAGUGACAGCAGUAGCAGCACCACCAGCUCGGUGGAUGAGUCCCCGUCGAGACAUACCCUCAGCGGAGCGGACCUCUCCAGGAUCUUCGUGAUGGACAUGGACGAUGCACCGGGCAGUACAUGCAGCGAAGAGAAGACUCCGCUUCUGGACAGUGUGGAAAUGUCCCCGAUGAGUCCAACCGAUCCAGAGGAACCCGACCUGGACAAGCUCUAAUGGCCAUCCCGUUAACACUAUGUACACGCACUUACAGAUACGUUUUGAGCAGCCGAAAUGCAAAGCAUGUGAUAAAGAAACCAAAUAUAGAUGAAAUCGAACGGGGAACCAUCAAGUUAUAGAACUACUAGGCUAGGUACGAGAUGGUAGACGGAGAAAGUCUACUAAAAGAGUUAUCGGCAUAAAGGUAUUGAGUUAUAUAUUACAUAGAUGAACAACUCCUCUACUUUAAUUUUCCUCUGAGACAUCUUGUAUAUGUAUAUUUUAAAUGCAAGUACUACAAUUUAUCACAGAGUCUAAUACUUUACCGUUUUUAAUAUUCUAUAGGGCCGUUAACCGUUUCCGAAAACUCUUUUGCUACGGCUUUCUCCAUGCCAGUGUUGGUUAAGGUGAAGCAAUUCUAAUCUGAGUUCGACACAAACACAUACACCCACUCACAAUUACAAUAUAUAAUUGGCUGCCCCGCCUUUGCUAAAUCCACACAUCCACACUCAAAGCUUUCUUCUGGUAACAAUAAUAUUUUUCUCUUUAUAUUGAACUUUAGCCGAUUGCUUUUACAGCAAUUCGAAGUAAACUAGAAUACAUAUUUCUUUACUAAAGCUGAUCUCUAGACUGCUAAGCCACGAGACAACACAGAAAAACAAAGGGAAUACCAUCCUGCUGAUUAGUUGUUUUUUUAAACAAAUUUAAAGGAAACCCGUUUUCGAAUUAUACGGAAUUAUACACUUUACUUGGUAGUUAAUUGAAUAGUUAAGACUUAAAAGCUUCGCAGCUUGGCGCAUUGAAAAUGUUUUACUGUAGCUUAAAAUCGUUUUAAGCUCCCAGUGGAGCGUGUUUUAAAUAUAAAUUAAAAAAUGAACAUAUUCUAGGGAGCUAAGUCCAAAAGAACCUUAAACGAUCAAACAAAGCCAAAGAAAGUUAACCCAUACAAUGGAAAAUCCAAGGCAGAGUUGAAAGUAUCCAACAUAUAACGAACAAUUUAGAUUUCUUUAGUCUUUUAUCCUUUGUUCAGAAAUUACACAUUAGCCAGCACUUCAAUAUCGCAACGGAGACAUAAAUUUUACUCCAUAAGAGUUAAGCAUUGUCGUAUAAAACGGUAAACAAUAAAACCAUACAGAAAUGCAAUCAAAUUUACUAAAAUAUCGGAAACAAAAAAAAUAUCACAAACGCCACACACAAUCGAACACAAAAUAAAUGUACUCACUAAAGAUCAUAUAUAUAGAAGAUAAUAUUAGACGCACGCACUUGACUAAGACGAUCAAGAUUCGAAUCCCGAUUCAAAAACCCAGCCCCACCCGACCUAUUUGAAUAACUCAAAUGAUCUGCCACAGAGUCGCCCUUAGUUUGAUUAUUCGUAGCUAAUGAAUGCGUAAAACAUUGUUUAUGGGACCCUCUAGAAUGUAUAUGUAUGUAUUCCCAAUAUCUUGUAAGUUAAUUUGCUUGGAAUUGUUUGUGUAUCCACUUAUGUAACCCAAAAAUGGAGAAGCCCUUGAGAACUAACAAAUAAACGAGAUAACGACGU